AUGGACGCUCAAGGCAACAAAGAGGAGUUGGAUAGACGCUUCAAAGUACUCUCUACUAGGACAUUUGAGCACGAUAGAAAGUUCAUAGUGACAGUCGAAAAACUCCCAUCCGUCAAGACCAUCAUCAAGCAACCAAUAAUCCCGGGAGAAUCAUCUGCUGGCGCAUUCGACACCUUUUCACUUGAGAUACAACAAGAAAAGUGCAAGAACCUCGAUUUCGAAAGCAUGGUAAUAUUUAGGCAAACAAGCUACGCAGCGAAGAUCAUCGUCGACUCCGUGUUUCCCUUCACGGAAAUCACGUCAAAAGCUCUUAGCUUCUUGAAGGCUAUCUCUGAACUGGGGUUAACUCAUGUCCACUCGGUAGCAACUAUAGCUCGUUUAUUAAGCUCAUCCUCCUGCAAUUUCUGUCCAAACUUCGGUUUUUAG